GACGUAUCAUGACGUGUAUAUAUGCAGGUUGAGAGAUGAUACUCCAGUAAUUUGGAUUCUGUGAUACGUGUUACGUGUUACGUUUACAUCAGUUAUUUUACGUAAAUUUUAAUGGCUAUACAAGGAAGAAAUUGCAUUUUUUGCAAAAUUAUACGGAACGAGGAGCCUGGAGAAAAAAUAUACGAGGAUGAUGACGUUACAUGCAUUAAGGAUAUUAAUCCAGCGUCAACGCAUCAUUAUUUAAUAUUGCCAAACAAACAUAUACGCAAUGCAAAAGUACUUGAGCCUCAAGAUUCUGAACUCUUUGACAAGAUUGUUGCUACAGUAGACGCAAUCUCGGAAAGAUUGGGUCUCGAUCCUGCAUCGAUACGAACAGGAUUUCAUUGGCCACCAUUUAAUACGAUUGAUCAUUUGCAUCUACAUGUUAUUUCACCAAUAGAAAAUAUGAACAUGAUGAAGAAAAUGAUGUUUAACCCUAAUUCUUACUGGUUUGUGAGUGAAUAUAAAAUGGAAAAGAGUUUUGCGACACAUAGCCAUUCCGCGAGCAUACGCAGUGUUUCCAGUAGUAAAUAUUACUUAGCUUCUGCUGGAGCUGAUGAGACAGUAUGCCUGUACGACAUGCGUCAUAGGAGAGAGUGUGGCAAAUUGAUACAUCAUAACGAUACUAUUAAUUGCAUUGCGUUCACUCCGGAGAACUCGCAUCUGUUUACGUGUAGUAACGAUGGCAGUAUAGCUGCCAUUCGUUGCGGCAAUUGGCAGACCGAGAAACACUGGCCGAAAGCACAUAAAGGUUCGGCUGUCAACGCCUUGGCUAUUCAUCCAACAGGAAAGUUGGCAUUGUCCACUGGAGCUGACGGUGUGCUGAGAACGUGGAAUCUGAUUAAAGGCAGGCAAGCUUAUGCUAUUAACUUAGUACCAAAAUUGAAGUUUGACGCAAGGUACGUCACGAUUAUCAAAUGGAGUCCAAACGGCGAGAAAUAUCUAUUAGGUGUCAAUCUCAAGAUAUAUUUGUAUUCGGUGGAAUCGGCGGGGAUAGAAAAAGAAAUUAAAUUCGAUUCCAAAGUGAUUUGCGCGGAAUUCUUAAAAGACAACUUGAUCGCGGUCGGUCUCGAAAACGGGCAAAUCAAGUUUUGUGAUCUCAAAGCGGCUCAGAUAAUGGACACAACGGCACAUGACAUGAGAGUGAAAUGUAUCGCGCAUACGAACGAUUUGUUGGUUAGUGCAUCCAGCUCUGGAGAAAUCAAACUUUGGAGAUACAACAAGCAUGGUUUGAAUAUCCUGCAAACCGUUAAUUGUGGCGCCAGGAUCACUUGCCUUUCUUUGGCACAAGCUUGCCGGAAUCUAACGCAAGAGACAGAAGUCAAGUUAGAGGAAGAGAACGAAGUAAGAAAGGAGAGCAAGCUCAGACUGAAGCAACAAGUCAUUGUUGACUAUGCCGAUGACUGGGAAGUUACAGAUUCCCAGACAAAGGCGUCAAAAAGCAAACGUAAAAAGAAGAGAGCUAGAAUAGAAGAUGCUUCUUCAGACGCUAAUAUUCAGCAUGUAAAGAAGAAACCUUUCGAAACGAAAGAUUUAAAAAAGACUGCCCCUUCAAAGAAGAAAAGAGACAGAUCGUCAGACAUUGCAGAGGUUGCUAAACCUCAGAAAAAGAAGAAGGUGUCUAAAGUAAGCGAGACAAAUUUUAAUAAGAAGCGAAAAGAAGCCGAUUGUGCUUUACAAGUCGCUUUGCCAGUAAAGAAGAUUAACAAGAUCGAAGAACCAUCUGUCCCUCGUAAGAAGCAUAAAAUAAAAUUGACAGACGGCGAAGAUGCUCCAUCUAGAAAAAUAAAGAAGAAAGUUGAUGCAGAAAAAAGUACAGUUACAGUGGUAUCAAAGAAGAAAAAGAGAAGGAUAACGAAAACAAAGACAAAUUAGGAUCCAAUAUUUAAUUAUCCAAUUUAAAGAACUUUAUAAAAGUUAUUAUUUUCUUGUUUCGUGUGAUAUUUACACCUAACAAACCUAAGACUAAAAAUAGAGUGCCUAAGUGUACUGAAUUACUCGCUUAGUCCCGUGAUUGUAAAUCAAUCUAUUUACAAUUUCCGAGAUUUAUCACUGCAUGAAUGCGCCUGAAAUUACACGCUCCAA